AUGCGUUUUUCGCCGAUAUGGGGGGGGUUUAGGGUCAGGCCGCUCGAGCAUGACAUGCCAUCAUUUUUAUUGAACUCGAAUCAACUCUUUACGCUGGUCAAAGAUGGAUAUCUGCAAUAUCCAAAUCUGGAGGAGGAGGAGAUUGAAGACAGGAAUAAAUCGGAUGAACUGACUAGGUGGCUGGCGAUUGCACAAACCCUGUGGUUUACUUUGAAUUGUAUAUUUCGUUUCGCUCAAGGUCUCUUCGUGACUACAAUUGAGCUCACCACUCUUACCUUCAUUAUUACCUUCCUCAUAACGUCAUACUUUUGGUACCACAAGCCUAUGGGUAUUACUACGCCGUUUAUCUUGGAGCUUCAGACCUCGAUGGCGAUCCGACAUGAUCAUCAAGUGACCGGGUUGAAGUGGUAUCAAACACCAUUUGACUACCUCUCGCGGAAGAGGAUAUCUACGCUCGAGCUUGGAAAUAUUAUCAUCAAAUUCUACGCUCUUUGCAUAUACCGCUGCUUACCUGGCCUAAACGACGACCAUACGAGCGUAUUCCGACUAUCAAUUGGUUAA